AUGGCGACUUCAAACGAGCAUGACCUCAAAUGCCUGACGAUAGAAGAGCUCGAACGCCAUGCUCACGACCUCAUGGACAAGCAGACCAGGGACUACUACAACGAAGGGGCCGAUUCAGGAUCAACACUGAGAGAAAAUAUGACGGCCUACGAAAAAUACCGAAUACGACCGCGAGUGCUGCGAGAUGUCUCAGCAGUCGACACCACUGUCAACAUCUUCGGCCACAAAAACAGUGUUCCACUCGGCGUAGCUCCCACUGCGAUGCAAUGCCUUGCUCAUUCCGAUGGAGAGAUUGGUACCGCCAACGCCUGUAAGAAAGCUGGCAUUGUGAUGGGUCUGUCGAGCUUUGCGACGAAGUCGCUGGAAGAUGUUGCGGACGCCAGUGAGGAGAACCCCAAUGUACUGCAAUUGUAUCUUUUCGAGGACAAGGAGCAUAGCCGGAAGUUGAUUCAACGUGCUAAGAAGGCUGGGUUCAAGGCUGUCUUCUUGACUGUUGAUACACCGUUUCUUGGAAGAAGGAAUCUGGAGAUCCGAAAUCAGUUCAAGCUCCCGCCUCAUUUCAAAGUGGCAAACUUCGCCGAUGAAAACACCGGUCCCUCAGAAGACAGCAACGGCAGACCGCCCCUGAAACGACGGUCCAGCCAAGCAGGCUAUCACGAUGGCGAGAAAUGGGUGUCACCAACCGGACCCGUAACUUUCCACAGCCAUGCCGCCAAUCCAACCCUCACCUGGGAGAAAGAUAUCGACUGGCUCAAGUCAGAAUGUCAGCCCGAAAUGCAGGUCUGGGUGAAAGGCAUCGCAACCGGAGACGAUGCAAUCCUGGCUUUACAUCAUGGUGUCGAUGGUAUCGUGGUUUCGAAUCAUGGAGGAAGGCAACUCAAUGGCGCGCUCGCGACGCUUGAUGCUUUACCCGAGAUAGUGGCGGCUGUCGGCGGCAAGAUUCCCAUCCACGUCGACGGUGGCAUUAGACACGGCACCGACGUCUUCAAGGCACUGGCUCUCGGCGCAGACUUCGUCUGGAUCGGCAGGCCUGUGUUGUGGGGCCUCGCGUACAAAGGUCAGACGGGUGUGGAACUGGCAUUGAAACUGAUCAGCGACGAGAUCAGGCUUUGCAUGGCUCUGGCAGGAACGGUGAAAGUGUCAGACAUCACCAAGGAGUAUCUUGUCAAGAUUGAUAAGAGUGGAUUUGUUUCUCGACUCUGA